CAUAUUGGCAUUAGGGGCGUGCUUCUAAGGCACGAAUCGCAGUUGCAUCCGUUCCGCCUAAACUUCAUCUCGCUGCAAAAAUCUUCACCUUUCGUCAAUGGAGAAAAAAUGUGAAAGAGAAGAUAUGAGUGCAAUCGAUACAGAAAGGAUGAAAAACCUGAAGAAGAUGAGGGAGACAUUGAUAUAUGAUGCGUAUUACUUACCAGCAGAAAACUAUCUUAAACAUGGGAAAAUGGCCAUAUCUAAACCCCGUGUUGACAUGUUUCUGGAUCAGUGCUCUCGUUUGCAGGAGGAGGACUCAUAUAGGAGUCUAUGGAAUAUGACUAUAACACCGUUGGGUCAUGCCAAACAAUACAGCCUUAAGGAAAUCGAAGAUAUGACCGACAAUUUUCAGCCGUACACGCUGAUUAAAUCUACCAAGUAUGGGAGAAUGUUCAGUUACCCAACCAAUGAAGCUAUUACUAUCAAAACAUGGGAUUUCUUUUGGCCAGAUUUCAAUGGCUAUUCUUACCAUCCAUCUAGAUUUUGUAAUGAGCUUGAAAUACUGACAGAUGAUAAUCCUCAUGCAUGUUUGAUGAAGUUAAAGGGGUUCUGUUUUCAAAAUAUACUUGCAAUUGUGUAUGAUGAAACACCAAUUCAAUUUUUGUCGUACGUCAUUUCUGAUGGGGAAAGCUUUAGAUGGGAGGAUAGAAUGAAGGUGGCAGCUCAACUUGCAACCCUCUUCAUCUGGUUGCAUGAGAAGCAAUUUGCGAUUGGUCGUAUGGAGCCUUCUAGCAUAAUGAUUGACAAGGACUUCAACAUGAAAGUAAUCGACUUUCCUUUCCUGGUUCGUGUUAGAGACAUCCCUCAUAAUAUUCUUCCUGAUGCUCCCGAGGCUGAUAAUGUUACUGAGACUUUAAAAGAUGAUGUUUACGCAUUUGGUAUUCUACUUUUGAGGUUGAUUACCAAUAACAAAAGCAUUGAAGGUCCAUAUCAUUGUUGGAUUCAGGAGGAGCUACAAGGUGGUAAAGGAUCGAUAGUGGAUAAAUCAGUUCUGCUAAAUUGUGAUGGUGUGCUCGCUUGUGGAAUCACAAAACUAGCGACAGAAUGUCUGGAUGAGGAUCCAAAUGCACGCCCAGAUAUGAAGAAUGUCUCUGACCGCUUGACCAAUUUGAUGUCCGAAAUUGGUUUCGAGCAGCGUCAAGUUUGUGUUGCUAUCAGCGAGAGACCAGGAGAACAGUUUGGACAAACAAGAAUGAUUAGUGUUCUCACCUUAGCAUUAGCAGUUGGUGUCGUUGGAUUCUUCUUGUUUAAGAAGCACUGA